CUCUCCGCUCCGCCAUGUUUGCGCCACCUACAGCCCCGGAGGGCGAGUGUCAUGGCUGCGUCCUGCCCCCUCCCGAUGACCCCUGACCUGCCCACGUUGUAUGCCAAGUUACGGGGACUGCUGCGCUUCCUAACGGACGCCCUGUGCAUUUCUAAUGCACACACUGUGGACUUCUACACAGAGUCGGUGUGGCAGGAGUUGGUGGACUUGCCCCCGGAGACCGUGCUGACGGUGCUGAGGAAGGCGGCGCCGGAGACCGGGCUGGCAGAGGGGCGCCCCCUGCUGGAUGCCGAGCGGGGAGCAGGCUUUACUCAUCUUCCCAAAAUAUUUUGUGAAACUUCUCAGAAGCUGUUGAGUGUGGAAUCCUUUGCUUUGGCUGCAAAACAGUAUUCUGUGCAAAACUUGGGAGUAUGCACUUCUGUUGAGCAAUUGUUUAUAGCCCUUCGAGGAGAUAAACAGAGAGUUGGUAAAAAUGUGAAGGCAGUCGAGUUUAUGAAUACGAAAAAAUCCCAUGAAGUGCAGGCGAUGUCGGAGCUCAUCUGCAGUGUUGCUGACUACUGUGGUGUAAGGCAGGUGAUUGAUGUGGGCUCUGGGAAAGGCUACCUAAGUUCCUUUUUGUUCUUAAAGUAUGGCUUUAAAGUUUAUGGCAUUGAUUCCUCAAAUACCAACACUCACGGAGCUAAAGAGAGAAACAGGAAAUUGAAGAAACACUGGAAACAGUAUCCUACUCAGUCAAGAGUAGAUGUCAGUGGACUGGCAUUAAACAUGGCAGAAGAAACAAAAGUGCAAAAGGAAAUUAAUUAUAAGACAGAUUUUGAAAACAUGUGUGGCCACAGUCCUCUAAAUCAAGAAAGCAUGUCUACUUCGGAAUUUUUGCCAGGUCUUUCAGGUUCUAUAAUUUCAGGCAUCAGUCAUCAAAUGGAAAAUCUACAUGCUCAACCACUUGAGAAAGAACAUUUGUUCUUUGACAGUGCCUUUUCUCUCACAGACUUGUUACCUAUCAAUGCUGUAGAGCUUACUUCAUCACAAACACAUGAUCGAGAAAUGACCAGAACAAAUAAAGGGAGAAGAAAAGUGACAUCAAAAUCAAGUGAAUCAAAUCUGUACUCACCACUGACAUCCGUUAUCACAGCUGAUUCUGAACUGCAGGACAUUAUUAAAGAUCUUGAGGAUUGUCUACUGGUGGGUCUACAUACUUGUGGUGAUCUAUCUCCAAAUACUCUGCGAAUAUUUACUUCCAAGCCUGAGGUCAAGGGACUUUGCAGUGUAGGCUGUUGCUACCACCUCUUAUCUGAAGAGUUUGAAAACCAGCAAGAAUGUACUCAAGAAAAGUGGGGAUUCCCAAUGUGUCACUAUUUAAAGGAAGAAAGAUGGUGCUGUGGACGUAAUGCAAGAAUGUCAGCAUGUUUGGCAUUGGAGCGGGUUGCAGUUGGCCAAGGGCUGCCUACCGAAUCACUUUUCUAUCGUGCUGUUCUUCAGGAUAUUAUUAAAGAUUAUUAUGGCAUCACCAGAUGUGAUCGUCAUGUUGGUAAAAUUUAUUCCAAAUGUUCUUCCUUUCUGGAUUAUGUCAGAAUGUCUCUAAAGAAGCUUGGAUUAGAUGAGUCCAAGCUUCCAGAAAAAGUAAUAAUGGACUACUACGAGAAGUAUAAGCCUAGAAUGAAUGAGCUGGAGGCCUUUAAUAUGUUGAAAGUUGUUCUGGCUCCUUGCAUAGAGACACUGAUUCUUCUUGAUAGACUUUGCUACCUAAAGGAACAGGAAGAUGUUGCAUGGGCUGCCCUUGUGAAGCUGUUUGACCCUGUGAAGUCUCCUAGAUGUUACGCUGUUGUUGCUCUGAAAAAGCAACAAUGAUUUCAACUCAAGGAAGUUAUUACUUGACUUGUUCCUGGGACUUGUUACUUCUUUAGGCAUUUAUUUCAUGUUAUGCAAAUAUUUUAAAAAAUAAUUGCUAUAAACUUUAAUAAUAAAAUAUUUAACACCAGAAGGUCAUAAUAAAUUUUUCCAUUGUCAAACCAUACAUUAGUAAAAUAAGAAUUUAUGAAAAUGUUAUGAGUUGACCAACAUUCCUGAGUUAGUAUGUCAAUAGAACAUGGUAAUCUGAUCUUAACUCCUGUUCAAUAUUUGAACACUUGAUA